CAUCAAAAGAAAUUGAAGAUCUUGUAAAAGCAAAUGUGCAAACAAGAAAGGAGUUUGAAGGAUUAAAUCACAACAGUGAAAACAAUACUACAAAUUGUUCAAAGCAAAAAGAAUUACAAAAGCAAGUUUUAACUGGAGAAAUUACACCAUUUCAAGCAAUUGAAAAACAAUCUAAUUCAUCCAGAACUAAAGGAACAUUCAAUAAAUCUUCUCAUUUGCUUGAUCUGGAAAAGUACCUUCAACAACAAGCUGAACUUGCUAAACAAAGGAAACAAUUGAAAGAAAAUUCAAAAGCAUCCAAACAUAAUAGUAAUCAAGCAGUCCCAAUUAAAAAAAUUAAAUUAUCAAAUACUAACUCUAAGGAAUGUAAACUUGUGGAAAAAGUAAAGCCCAAAGUAAAUAAAAAAAAGUUACUUUCAGAACUUGAAACAGCAAAACACUUGAAUAAAAAUUAUGAUGUUAAUUGUAAAACAAAAGGUGCAAAGUCUAAUCAUGUUGACAAUUCUACCAAAGAAAUCAGGAAUUCUAAAAAUUUAUUAACUGUUUGCAAUAUUUCGAAAGAUAAUACUAAAGAAACAGUGGUUGAAAAUACAGCAGAGAGUAAAUGUAUAAAUACAGCAAGUGAUUCUGGAAGUGAAUAUGUUCCAAGUGAUGAACAGAUUGAUUCAGAAGAUGAGGAACCAUCAUCUAAAAAAAGAAAAUCUGUUACAAAAACUGUUCAUACAAAGAGAGUUUUGGAUGAUGGAGAUGAGGAAAUGUAUAGACAAAGGGUAAAAGAAAGUAGAUAUCCAAAGAAUGAACCACUACAUAAAAUAGAUAAUUUAUUCAAAGUUCCACAGUCUAUAUGGAAAAAAUUAUAUAAAUAUCAAAGGGUGUCUGUGCAAUGGCUGUGGGAACUGCAUUCUCGCGCUUUAGGAGGAUUAGUAGGUGAUGAAAUGGGAUUGGGAAAGACUGUUCAAGUAAUUGCAUUUCUUGCAGGUUUAGAUUCUAGUGAAUUACUUUCUGAUGGUGGAAGAUUCAGAGGAUUAGGACCAACUAUUGUUAUUUGUCCAGCUACACUAAUGGAACAGUGGGUGAAGCAUUUUCAUGAAUGGUGGCCCAUUUUGAGAGUAGUUGUUUUACAUCAGUCUGGAACUUACAAUGGUGAUUUAGAAUAUCUAAUGCACUCUUUAAAAUCCGGUGGUAUACUGAUUACUUCUUACUCUGGUAUGCUUAGGCAUAAAGAUUUACUUAUAGCCAGUCAAUGGCACUAUAUUAUACUUGAUGAAGGUCAUAAAAUAAGAAAUCCACAAGCAAAGGUCAGUAAAGCAGUAAAGGAGUUCUCAACGCCACAUCGACUUUUAUUAACUGGUAGUCCCAUGCAAAACUCUUUAAAAGAACUAUGGUCUCUCUUCGAUUUUAUUCUACCAGGAAAAUUAGGCACUUUGCCUGCAUUUCUAGAGCAUUGUGCAAGUCCUAUAACUCGUGGAGGAUAUGCAAAUGCUAGUCCUUUACAGGAAGCUACUGCACUUCAGGUUGCUACAAUGCUUAAAGAAGCUAUAUCACCGUACAUGCUUAGAAGAACGAAAAACGACGUGCAACAUCACGUUAGUUUACCAGAAAAGAAUGAACAGAUAUUAUUCUGUAGUUUAACGGAAGAACAAAAGAAACUGUAUAAGAAAUAUUUAAGAUCUGAAGAUGUUAGUUAUGUCUUACAUGAAAGAAGUCAUACGGAAACCGGAAGAUACAGAGCUCGCCUUUUAAUAGCGUUAUCAGCGCUCAGAAAAAUAUGUAACCAUCCUGAUCUAUUUCUUUACACAAAUCCAGUUGAUUCUGACGAGGAUCUUGAUGUAUCAGAAGAAUCCUUGGAGAAAUUUGGCUUUUGGAAACGUUCUGGGAAAAUGACCGUGAUUCGAUCUCUUCUUAAAAUUUGGAAAAAACAGGGGCAUAGAGUAUUACUUUUUACACAAGGAAGACAAAUGAUGCAUAUAUUAGAAUCUUUGGUGCAAACCGAAGAAUAUAUUUAUUUAAGAAUGGACGGAACUACUCCUAUGUCUCAAAGACAAGAAACAAUUUGUUUAUUUAAUAAUGAUUCAUCUUACUUUGUAUUUUUACUAACUACACGUGUUGGAGGAUUAGGAGUAAAUUUGACCGGAGCAAACCGGGUAAUAAUUUAUGAUCCAGAUUGGAAUCCAGCAACAGAUGCUCAAGCGAGAGAACGUGCAUGGAGAAUUGGACAAAAUAAAAGAGUCACCAUUUACAGGCUUAUUACUGCUGGUACCAUAGAAGAAAAAAUAUAUCACAGACAAGUAUUUAAGUUACUUCUUUCAAAUAAAGUAUUAGAAGAUCCACGUCAACGUAGAUUAUUUAAAACUUCUGAUUUAGUUGAACUUUUUAAUUUGAAUGAAUCUAUAGAUGGACAUUCCAGUGAAUCUGAUCAAUUAUUUCGGGAAUCUAGACUAACUCCGCCGACUACGAAAUUUUCAUCUAACAAAAUUGAAAAAAUGCGAAAAUUGGCAGCUACGCUUAGCAAAAAUAUAAGCCAAAAUACUUCAAAUUCUACAGUGACAACACAAACUGCAAAUGUUUCAGAAAAUAUUUGUACCUCGAGUUGCCAUAAUAAUAAGGUUAAUCAAGAUAUUUUACAAAAUAAUAAUAAAAUAUCUGAAAACAGUGUACCAAAACAAAAUAUUCAAACUGAAAAUCAGCUCCACGAAAAAGACGAAAAUGAGGUUCUUUCUGAAAAUCAGAAAAGUACUAAUGAAGCAAAAACAGAGGAAAAUGAAAUUUUAACGAAUGCUGAACAUACUACAGAAAAUAAUUCAAAAAUAGAUGACAAAGUAGAAAGUGAAAAUCAUAUGCCAACAAAUAGUACAUGGUGUGAUAGUAAAAUGGAUGUAAUUUCAAAUGAAGUUACUGUACAAAAUUCAUCUGGUGAUUGUAAUACCGUUAAAUUAUCGCAUAAAAGUGUCGAAAUGGUUUCGAGUACUACGAAUGAAGAUAUGUCGUUAAAAUUAAAUACAAUGCAUCAUACGCAUAAGCAAAAUAAGAAAAGUUCACGGUUACAAAAAUCUACUACUUCAGCCCUAUUCGAAGGAGAACGUAUUUCGCAUUUAAUUGGACGACGUCUUGGAUGUUCAGAAACAAAUGAACCUAAGUCGAUGGAAGAUGAUCAAUACGUUUUGCAGAAACUAUUCGCUAAAGCGAGAUUAGCGCGUGAAACAGCGCAAGAAAAUAUGGAUAAUAUUCGCAAAUCUCGUAAAUGGUGCUGGAAACCUACAUGGGAUUCUGCAUCUUUAAAAAACGACUGA